UAUCUUGCUCUUGAUUCCAUGAAUCAUGAAUGGAAAUAUCUACGAAGGGUUUCAUUCUUCCUGAAAGGGCUGAAGAUAGCUUCCGAGUACUCAACCGUUUGGCUACAGAGAGAACCUCAAAAGAUCCUCAAAGAAGUAUGUCGGUCUUUGUUGUCCCAGUUGGCCAAAAUUCAGCGCCAAUAGCUUUCCAAAUUCAUGGCCAUUUGGAUACAAAGAAGCCCCUGUCAAGGUGGGGGCAGAGAUGCACUGUGAUCAGAUGUCACCAUAACAAGAGGGCAGGGGGGAGAGCAAGAACAGAGAAGAAGAAUUACUAUGAGUUGCUUGGCGUUUCUGUUGAUUCAAACUCCCAGGAAAUCAAAAAAGCUUACAGGAAGUUGCAAAAGAAGUAUCACCCAGAUAUUGCAGGCCAAAAGGGAAAUGAGUAUGCUCUAAUGCUGAAUGAGGCCUAUAAGGUGCUGAUGAGAGAUGAUCAGAGGAGGGAGUAUGAUGCUUCCAUUUGUCAAAUGAGAGUACCAAAUGGGACAAACUACUCUACCUUAGGCUAUAGCUCAUGGAAAGGGCCCUUGAGACCCCAAGCUCUAUUUGUGGAUGAAAAUGCAUGCAUAGGGUGCAGAGAAUGUGUACACCAUGCAAGUAACACUUUCGAAAUGGAUGAAGCUCUCGGGUGUGCAAGAGUCAAAGUUCAAUAUGGAGAUGAUAACCAAAAAAUUGAGGUAUCAGUUGGUUCAUGCCCUGUGAAUUGCAUCCAUUGGGUGGAUAGAGAAGAGUUGGCAGUACUGGAGUUCAUGAUUCAGCCUCAGCUGAAAGAAGGGUAUGGCGUAUUUGGAGGAGGUUGGGAAAGACCUGCAAAUGUAUUUAUGGCAGCUAAGUCCUUCACCAAGCAGCUGAAUCAGCAAGCUGGCACUCAAAGAAAUGCACGGGCAACUACUGAAGAAGAAACCCCUGCUCAAGCCGAGGCCCGAGCUAACGCUAGCAUGAAAAUAAAGAUGGAGAGGUUUUCAAGACUAUGGAAAUGGAUGGGAGAAAUUUUUGGAUCAAACAUGUUGAGCAGAGACUAAAUUACGCAAAGAUAGGCAAAUGUGAUUUGAUCAUAUAGUCUCCAGAGAAAGCUGCCUAGAGAAGUCAAUUAUAGAUAAUUCUUUAAAUUACGAAUUUAGACAAUUAUAAUAUUAAAUGUACAGAUCCUGUUUCGGGUCAGAUGCACCAUUAGAAAAGAGGAAGAAGUGCACUGGUUACAACUUACGUAUAAUGAAAAUAGAACCAAGAUACAAUAAGGAAGCAAAUAGAUUAUUUAAUGUUAUAGCUAUUGCAUACAA